UGGAGGUGCUGGUUUCGUGGGUUCCCAUUUGACUGACAAGCUGAUGAUGGAUGGCCAUGAAGUGACUGUGGUCGACAACUUCUUCACAGGGAGAAAAAGGAACGUAGAGCACUGGAUUGGCCAUGAAAACUUUGAGCUCAUCAAUCAUGAUGUGGUGGAGCCUCUCUAUAUCGAAGUGGACCAGAUCUAUCACCUGGCCUCUCCAGCCUCUCCUCCCAACUACAUGUAUAACCCCAUCAAAACCCUCAAGACCAACACUAUUGGCACUCUCAACAUGCUUGGCCUGGCCAAACGCGUGGGCGCCAGACUUCUCCUGGCUUCUACUUCUGAGGUUUACGGAGAUCCAGAGGUGCACCCUCAAAAUGAGGAGUACUGGGGACAUGUGAACCCGAUUGGUCCUCGAGCAUGUUAUGAUGAGGGGAAGCGCGUAGCAGAGACGAUGUGUUAUGCCUACAUGAAACAGGAAGGAGUAGAGGUGAGAGUAGCGAGAAUCUUCAACACGUUUGGCUCCCGAAUGCACAUGAAUGAUGGACGUGUUGUCAGCAAUUUCAUCCUGCAGGCUCUACAGGGAGAACCUCUCACUGUGUAUGGUACUGGUUCCCAAACAAGAGCCUUUCAGUAUGUAAGUGAUCUGGUGAACGGCCUGGUGUUGUUGAUGAACAGUAACAUUAGCAGUCCAGUAAAUCUGGGGAACCCAGAGGAGCACACCAUAUUGGAGUUUGCUCGUCUCAUUAAAAGUCUCGUUGUGAGCCAGAGCCAGAUCCAGUUCCUUCCAGAGGCCCAGGACGACCCACAGAGGAGAAGACCUGACAUCCGAAAAGCCAAGAUGAUGCUCGGCUGGGAACCAGUGGUGCCGCUGGAGGAAGGCUUGAACAAAACUAUCCAGUACUUCAGUAGAGAACUGGAGCACCAGGCCAACAACCAGUACAUCCCCAAACCGAAAGCCGCCCGCAUGAAGAAAGGAAGACCCAGACACAACUGAGGUCAGGUCUCCCACCACAGAAGGAUGUUAAGCCUCCUCAGAGGAAUGCUCUGAAAUACGCUGUUGAGUGAUGCACUCUGGGAAAGGGUGUCUUUUUUUGUGAAGCAGAGACAUCUUUCUCUUAAAAGUCUCUUUGAAAAGAUCUUUUCCUUGUGUUGGAGCUUCAGCUGCAUUGUGAGUAACUACUUCCUUGCCGUGUGAUUGGACAAGCCUGAAUCAAAGAGGCAAGAAAUCUGAAACCCAGCCUACUUUUUUUUUGUGGAUUUGAGCUUUUACUAUUUAAAUCACCAACAUCAGUGUCUUGUGAACAGCUCGUGCUGUGCAUCAGUGUUUUGUGUUUAUCAGUUUUAUGGUGUUUUGUCUCUGGACAGCUGACUGACGUCAUUUUCCCCACUGGAUGUUUUGUCCUCUUGUCAAUGCUCAUGUGACGCACUACAGAACUGGACAAACCUUCUAGAAACUGCAUCAUGAUGUGUUUGUUUUAUUGUCUUCUUCUUUGUGAAAUAUCAUUUUAGGAUUUGCAUUAUCAAUUUGAGGUGAAAAUGCUAUUUUAAUAAAAUAUUUUAAUUGUUUUAUGUAUAAUAUUUAGAAAAGAAACAUUUUGUGUAUGAAAGAGUGAGACACGUUUCUGAAGUUGUGUAGGCAGUGAAGAGCCACAUAUUUACAGUAAAUUAGUUAUAGGAGAAGUGCUACAGUGUUGGAUUUUAAGUGUUUCAUACCAGUCAGUUGCCUCAAAGCUUUAUUGGAAAGAAGAGGGAAUUACAGUAAGAAUGAAACAGUUUGGUGUCAGUGGUGCAGGAGUCGAGUAAGAGUUAUGAUGGUGGCGUUGGACAGUAGCUCGGAUCAUUUUGAAUUUGCGCAUUUGCAUAAUGUAUAAAUUCUGUUCCUACGGUUUGCACAAAAAUUGUAGCUUUUUAGCAUAGAUUAUACAAAGCUCCAUUAUUUAGCUGUUGUGAUUCAUUACAGACCCACAAACUGUCAUUACCAGCUAGUUACACUGUGCUAGUACCCAGCUGAUGUCCAGUCCAUUUUAAGAAAUGCAAACAGCAGGAGAAGACUGAUUAGUGUGCAGACGCACAAAGCUGUAUGGAAUAUAACCUGUAUUUU